AUGACUGAACGCACUGAAGCAACAGCCCUCGUAGAAAUCUCUUCACUGUACCCUCCGCCACGAAGCCGAAAAGCGGUCCGCAAGUCUCGAAAACCCAGCACUAAACUGCGCUACAACGUCUCCCAGCACACAGUCAAAGACGAAGCAGACGCCCCCAAAGAAACCCUUUCCAACCCCCCUGACCUCGAAAACAGCAUCACGUACGAAUGCUGCAUCUGCGGCGAUGAAACCCAGUUUACGGCGGGCGUCGCCGCCUGUGCCUCACACUUCCUCUGCAACGAGUGCACAGUCAACUCGUAUGAGAUGGCCCUCGGCGACAUACAAGCCUUCCCAGCGCGGUGCUGCACGCCGCUGGCCCGGCGCCUCGUCGAGCACCUGCUGAGCGCUGCGCUGCGCACCGCAUACUCUCUCCGAGCACAGGAAUACUACACUCCCCGCACGCUGCGCGUGUACUGCAGCCGCGAAAUGUGCGGCGUAUUCAUCCACCCUUCGCGCUUCGACAACACCAGCGCCUUUGCCACGGUAGCACGUUGCGAGUGCGGCGCAAAAACCUGCGUCGGCUGCAAGCAAGUGUGGAAAGGCGCUUCACAUUGCUGCGUGGAUUCAGCUUCGAAACCCGCAUGGCUGCCGCCGUACUCACCUACCUGCCGUAUCAAGCAGUGUCCUGGAUGCGGCUUGUGGAUCGAGCAUAAAGACGCGUGCAACCACAUGACGUGUUGUUACUGCUCGCAGCAAUUCUGCUUCAUCUGCUUGCUGCCGUGGGAAUUUACCGAGGGCUUCCAUGAGAGCGAAGGAUGUCCUUCCUAUGGCGAUCCCAGCGAAGGAUAUGAUGACGAGGGGUACGAGAGGACUGAACGGGGAUUGCAUCGUGACACGGGGUUUAGUCGUGCGGGAAGGAAUCGG